GUUCCUCCUACAUACUGAUUAAGCCCAAAUCCUUCAAGGGCACAUUUUUAGCCCACUAGCUUGGAGACGGGUUGACAGUCUGCUGGAGACUCCCAUCUACCAACAAAUCAGUACUGUUCUAAUUUUCCGUUUGAACAGCUCCAUUAUUCCUUUACCUUGUUCUAUAGAGAACCUCAAAGGUCUUUCUGUUGUUUGUGCGGAAUAGUAGCUCGGAAUGGACGGAAAAGCCCUCCACUUCAACGGCUUACAAGGGUCAAACAGCAGCUCGUUCUGGAACAUUAAGGGUUUUGAUGGCUCCAAGAGAAAGCGGGAGGACAGGAGAGUUUCCGUCAACGAAUUCCUCCAUGAAUACGGGCGUAAAGUGGAGGAAUCCGUACUGGGUCCCGGAGCCGGGUUUGGUGUCGGAUGUGGUGUUGGUUUGGGGCUGGGAGUGACCGGAGGAGUCGGUAUUGGUGGGUCGAUGUGGAAUCAUCUGAGGAUGGCGUUUGGUGUUGGGAUUGGGUGCGGUGUUGGUGUGGGCAUUGGUUAUGGCCAAGGGCUUGGAAUUGGUGCCUCGCUUGAUUCAAUAAGAUCUCGUCUAUUGCCGCUAAAGAAAGUGAAGUCCAAGAAAACCAUUCUACUUCCUUAUUGAUAUGCUUAUGAGAUAUUAUAACUCUUGCUCUGUUUUGCUGCAAAUUUUUGUUCCAAAGAGAAGUUGGCGAGUUAAAUGUACUCUAUAUCAGUUCUGGUGACUUUGACCUUAAAAGAACUUUUCAAAUUUUCAUGUGUAGUUUCUAUUCUAAUUAUUCUAGUGUCAUUUGAUCCUCAGUGGUUGAUGGUGUUAGAGAUAGUUUGUCUGCUGAAUUUAGUGAGAUAACCCCUGUAUGCAGAACUGUUUUUAGUCUUCAAGCAAGCGAUUCAGAGUUUUCAAACAGAAAUGAAAGGGGGCUUCCUUCAAUCCAACCAAUGCUUUGCUACCC